CCUCCUCCCUCUCUCUCUCUGCUGUUUCGCUUCGCUUUCUCUCUCCUUCCUCGCUUCGCCUCCUCCCUUCUACACAGAGAGGCCGAAUCCCGUCGCCCGCGCUUGGGGACAGGGGGGAAAGAUCUUUUCUACGAACCGGUUCUCUUCACCGGCGCGGCGGCGGACUGUACCCUAGCCGGAGCGGAGCUGCUCCGGCGCGGCGGGGGCGGGGGUGGUAGUGGCGGCGAGCGCGUUGCCGGCGGACGAGGGUUCCUACGGGCCGCGCCGCGCCGCGCGAUUUAGCGCGAGUCGUCCUUCGGAUCGCUGGCGGGCCGGAGCUGCGUACUGGAGCUGGCUGGUGGCUUCGUGGCGGGAAUGCUGGCCUAAUCCUGCUCAAUUUUGGUGGAUCUCGUGGGUAUGCUGGUCUGAAAGGAUGGUGAGUUGAGUGGUGACAUAACCUUGGAGCGGUUUGCAGAGCUUGGAGCUCUCCGAUUGCCCGCAAAGGAUGGUUUCCUCGGGUCCCCCGAACCCAAUGGGACCUGGGCAGCCAAUGGGUGCUGCUUCUCUUCUCCGGACGAAUUCCAGCCUGCUCAGUGGUGGCCAGCAGGGAAUGGGUAGCGGUGGCAUGCUUCAGUCACAGUCCCCAUUCUCAUCUCUUGUUUCCCCGCGCACACAGUUUAGUGGGAAUGGCCUGCUUGGAGGGUCCUCGAAUGCCUCCCCCCUGCUCAACAGGCAGUCCUUUGGUAACGGAGGGACUGUGCCGGGUCCAGGGCAAAUGGCUAAUGGCGGGCUUCCGAUGAAUACGCUUCAGCAAAGAGGGGGGCUUGAUGGUGCUGGUGACUUGAUUGGCAUGGGUGGAUCUGAUCCUAUGUCAUCCUCCCAGGUUAGUUUGGGCAAUCACCUAGGUUCAGAUAACUUGCAGCAGCAGCAGCAGAAGAUGGAUAUGCAGGAUUUGCAACAGCAGCAGCAGCACCACCAACAACUACCGAUGUCUUACAAUCAGCAGCAAUUGCCAACGCAGCCGCUGCAGCUUCAUGGUACAGUGAAGAUGGAGAAUGGCGGCAGCACAGGUGGAGUCAAAUUAGAACAGCAGAUGGGACAGCUUGACCAAAAUGGCCCAGCCCAGAUGAUGCGCAAUGCUGGCAAUGUAAAAUUUGAGCCACAUCAGUUGCAAUCGUUGAGGGGUUUGGGUGCGGUGAAGAUGGAGCAACCGAAUUCAGAUCCAUCAGCAUUCUUGCAGCAACAGCAGCAGCAGCAGCAGCACCAUUUGUUACAGCUCACGAAGCAGAACCCUCAAGCUGCUGCGGCUGCCCAACUGAACCUUUUGCAACAACAGCGUAUCAUGCAUAUGCAGCAGCAGCAACAACAACAGAUUCUGAAGAACCUUCCUUUACAGAGAAAUCAAUUACAGCAGCAGCAGCAGCAGCAGCAGCAACAACAUCAACAUCAGCAGCAGCAGUUACUUCGUCAACAAAGUCUAAACAUAAGAACUCCAGGAAAGCCUGCUUCCUAUGAGCCAGGUACCUGUGCAAAGAGACUGACCCAUUACAUGUAUCAUCAACAAAACAGGCCACAGGAUAAUAAUAUUGAGUACUGGAGAAACUUUGUCAAUGAGUAUUUCGCGCCAACUGCCAAAAAGAGGUGGUGUGUAUCUCUCUACGGAACUGGUCGUCAAACUACUGGAGUUUUCCCUCAGGAUGUCUGGCACUGUGAAAUAUGCAAUCGGAAGCCUGGCCGGGGCUUUGAGACAACAGUUGAGGUCUUACCGCGAUUAUGCCAAAUCAAAUAUGCGAGUGGUACAUUGGAAGAACUAUUGUAUAUUGAUAUGCCACGUGAAUCCAAAAAUGCAUCUGGUCAGAUUGUUUUGGACUAUACUAAAGCAAUCCAGGAAAGUGUCUUUGAGCAAUUGCGUGUCGUACGCGAGGGGCAUCUAAGGAUAAUUUUUAAUCCAGACCUCAAGAUUGCAUCUUGGGAGUUCUGUGCUAGGCGUCAUGAGGAACUUAUCCCACGGAGGUCAAUAAUACCGCAGGUUAGUCAGCUUGGCGCGGUUGUACAAAAGUACCAGGCUGCUGCUCAAACUCCAACGAGUUUAACAACUCAGGACAUGCAGAAUAAUUGCAACUCGUUUGUUGCAUGUGCCCGCCAACUGGCUAAAGCUCUGGAGGUGCCUUUGGUAAAUGAUUUAGGAUACACAAAACGAUAUGUCCGCUGCCUUCAGAUUGCAGAGGUGGUAAACUGUAUGAAAGAUUUGAUUGACCACAGCAAGCAGACUGGAUCUGGACCAAUCGAUAGCCUGCAUAAAUUUCCUCGGAGGACUCCAUCAGGGAUCAACCCUCUUCAACCACAGCAGCAACAACCUGAAGAACAGCAAUCUGUUCCGCAGAGUUCAAACCAGAGUGGCCAAAAUUCUGCCCCUAUGGCUGGUGCGCAGGCUUCUGCCUCUGCCAAUGCAGAUGUGACAUCAAAUAAUUCUCUCAGUUGUGCACCCUCUACAUCUGCACCCUCACCAACUGUUAUGGGGAUCCUGCAAGGUUCAAUUGAUUCUAGCCAAGAUCAUCUAAUGAGCAGUGCAAAUGGUCAGUAUAACAGUGGGAAUAAUGGUGCAAUUCCCAAGGUGAACUCCGCAAGUUCAUUACAGUCAAAUCCUUCUACCUCUUUCCCUUCCCAGGUACCUAUAUCAUCCAAUAACAACAUGAUGCCUGCCCUUCAGAAUACAAACCAACUCAGUUCCCCAGCAGUAUCAUCAAACUUGCCGCCAAUGCAGCCUCCUGCAACUCGAUCUCAGGAGCCUGAGCAAAGUGAUGCCCAAAGCUCGGUUGAGAGAAUCUUGCAAGAGAUGAUGUCAUCACAAAUGAAUGGUGUUGGCCAUGCAGGGAAUGACAUGAAGAGACCAAACGGAUUUACCCCUGGUAUUAAUGGGGUUAACUGCUUAGUUGGUAAUGCUGUCACAAAUCACUCUGGAGUCGGAGGAAUGGGGUUGGGGGCCAUGGGUGGGUUCGGUUCAAAUCCUACAGCUAAUGGGUUGAGAAUGGCAGUGACGAACAAUGCAAUGGCAAUGAACGGGAGGAUGGGAAUGCAUCACAGUGCACAUGACCUAUCACAGUUGGGCCACCAGCAGCAGCAACAACAGCAGCAGCAGCAGCAGCAUGACAUAGGAAAUCAGCUGUUGGGUGGACUUAGAGCAGGAAAUAGCUUCAAUAAUCUUCAGUAUGAUUGGAAACCCUCUCAAUAGCGUGGCUGGAAACACUCAAGUUCAAUAUGAUGAUGACGCAGCUGUUCUCACUGGGCUCAUCGCUUAUGGACCAUCAGCGUCAGCGCCAUAAACUCCCCUUGGGCCAAAAGCAUAUGGGCUUUGCUCUAAUGGUGCCAUAGAAAGGAAUCAUAAGCAAUGGCAAGCACUGAGCUGGUCACUGUUAUGGUGCAUCAGUUUGUUUAGCUGGUUCGCUGUGUAUUAUGCAACUAUGACACUGAGCUACCUGCCUUGGUUAUCUUACCGAAAGAUAAGAGGGUUAGAAUCUGCCUGCACGGGCAGCCGUCGGUACUGGUGUACGGUGUUAUUUCUCACCCAGAAAAGAAGUUUUUCCUCUAUUUUCUCUCUUGACGGAUGACAUCCAAUCUGUGACUUAUCGUCGCCCCUUCUGUAGCAAUCAUAUGUGCUUAUAUCUCUCUUUGCUUGAGAAUUUUCCCUUUGUAGCCUUACUAUACUCUCUGUAAGUUGCCAUAUUGACUGACUAGUGAAAAAGUAUCAGCAAUGUUUGGGAGAUCUCA